GUGGGAGGCGUCAUCUGGGACCCCGUAUAUAAACCUGGGGGUCAGGCCAGAGUGAGAUAGACAGACCUUGUGUCAGAAACAGAAUCAUGCGAUCACUGGCAGUCCUUCUUCUCGCCGCGGCGGCUUAUGGCCAGCUGAGCAACCCAAAGUGCAUCCACAGCAACACCAUGAAACACACCGCUGACGUCGUCGUCCAGCAGGCACUCAAAGACAUGGACUCCAACAAUGACGGCAUCGUCGAAGACAUGGAAAUCCUCAACGAGUUCGUUACAAACUUCGAUCACGACGGUAGUCUGUCCAUCUCCAAGUCUGAGUUUGUCAAACAAUGGCAUGCCACCUACCACGACGCUCCCGAUUUCGCCGCCUUCAUCUUCACCAAGUUCGACACUAACGGCGACGGCAGCCUUGGCCUGUUUGACGUAAUGGGGCUGAAGGGCAAGGUCGACAUCAACCAUGACGGCAAGAUCACUGACGUGGAGUUCACCAUUUUCCUGGAAAACGCUUACAACGAGUGUGUCCAGACUCACCAGGCUCCCGUCUGAGAAGAUCGUCAUGUAGCCUUCUGACAAAUAAAUGUUUCAAACCUA